AUGCGCGGACCGCGCUCGCUUGGAUCCACCUAUGCCCGCCUGUCCGACGCGCACCCGCACAAGGUGGCGUCGGCGACAGCGUGCUCCGUGCUCGGCGCCUCGGACGCGACGGCGCAGCUCAUCUCCCAUCACUCCAGCCCGCCGGACGGGCGGCCCUUUUCCUUUGACUGGCAGCGCUGGCGCGCGCUCGUGAUAUGGGGCACGGCCUUCUACGGCGGGCCGUGCCGGCACUUUUACAUGCUCUACGAUCGCUGGUUUGGGAACGCGCCGCUGAUCAAGGCGGCCGUCGACGUGUUUGGGAAUGGCGCCUUCAUCGUGGUGCCGAGCUUCUACCUGACGACCGGGCUGCUCAAGGGGCAGACGCUGGCAGAGGCAGGACGUCAGCUCUCAGAGGAGUGGGUCACGGCCGCAUCGGGCACGGUCGCCUUUUGGCUGCCGGCCUGCAGCCUCAACUUUGCCUUUGUCCCUCCCCACAGCCGCAUCCUCGUCAUCACCGCCAUGUCGCUGCUGCACAAGACGUGGCUCUCGCUGUUGUCCAACGAGGGGCGAGUGCGGGCGAGGGGCCGCGACAUCGUCGAGACGGCCCAGCAGGGCGGAGCCGUGUUGGCCCCGUAG